AUGCUACUACUAAUGGACUUCAGUUUGUUAAAAGCUGAGAUUGAGAAAAAACGUAAAAAUGUUGAAUCGUUAAAUAUUUUAUUACCAGAAAAGCGUUGUUUUCGGCGUAGUGAUCUAGAAGCAAAAAAUGAGGAAACAUAUUGGAAAAAUUAUUAUUCGAAAAAUAAUAUUGAUCUAACAAAAACAUCACAAUCAUCUUCCUCCAUCUUAUCGGGUACAAAUGAACAAUUGUCACCUUUGAAUAAUCAAUUACUUAAUACAGAUGAAAUAACAUCAACCGAAAAACAAUUACCACCACGUUCGGAUAUCAUUAAAAAGUUUCGUGAACGAAAUCAACCGGCACGUCUUUUUGGUGAAUCAGAUAUCGAUUCGUACAAACGUUUACGUUUAUUAGAAACAAUGGAACCGGAAUUGAAAGGGCAGCGAAACGAUUUUAAAGCAGCUAUGGAUAAAAUUGAUCGUGAAUAUUUGUCAUUAAUUUUACAUGCCAAUCCAACGUCUUCAUCAUUAGAUGCAACAGUUGAUGAAGCAUCAGUAGAUGUAAACGCAACACCAACAGUAAUCACCGUCGAAGUAAAAGACGAAGGUUUCGAUUUACCUGAUAUUAUUGAACAAAUAAAAACUACACGAAAAGGUCAUCGAGCGUAUGAUUGUCAAGUAGUAUUAAAUUAUUUUAAAUUUUCUCUGAGAAAAUGGGCACAAGAAUUGAAUGCACGUGAUAUUGAUGAAAAAAAAACCAUACAGGGAAAAAUAGAAACAGCUUUACACACACAGACGUUGGGCUACAUGAAACCGUUAUUUCGAAAAUUAAAAUCGAAUACGUUACAAGAUGAUAUUCUAGAAGCAUUAAUUAAUAUUGUGAAUUGUGUAUUGAGACGUAAUUAUAUACGCGCUAAUGAAUAUUUUCUUGAAAUGGCUAUUGGUAAUGCACCAUGGCCAUUAGGUGCCACUAUGGUCGGUAUUCAUCCACGUCCUGGUCGUGAAAAGAUCGCAUCAAAGUAUGUUGCACAUGUAUUAAACGAUGAAACACAGCGAAAAUAUAUUCAAGCUGUUAAACGUUUGAUAAGUAAAGCACAAAAACUAUACCCUACAAUUCCGAGUCAAUGUGUUGAUUAUGAUUUGAAAAAUGAAAAUAAAACAAUCGCGUCAAGUGGAAAAAACUAA